AUGGGGAUGUGUUGGGACGCACUGAGCGCGCUGGGCGCCCUCACCGCCAUGUGGCUGCUACUGCGGGCGGUGUGGGGGACAGGCUGCGCCGUCUACGUCUACCUGCUGCCCUCGGUCCGCCGGGACGCCCGUUGGCUUCGGGCGCACGGAGCCUGGGCAGUUGUGACAGGUGCCACCGACGGCAUUGGCAAGGCCUACGCCCAAGAGCUGGCCAAGAGAGGGCUGAACAUUGUCCUCAUCAGUCGAAACCUUCAUAAGUUGGAACAGGAAGCAAAGGAGAUAGAGCGGCUUCAUGGCGUCCUCACGAGAGUCAUGCAGACUGACUUCACCGGGGGCUUGGAGAUCUACGGAGCCAUUGAGGAAGGACUGAAGGGCCUGGAGAUAGGAGUACUGGUGAACAAUGUGGGCAUGGUUUACAGUAAGACCUUGGGAAAACUGCUUGACCUGGAGAACCCAGCCAAGAGCCUCUCGGAUACGGUGAACUGCAACAUGAUGUCGGUGGUCCAGAUGACCCGGAUUAUCCUGCCCCAAAUGGUCUCCAGGCGCCGAGGCCUGAUCCUCAACCUCUCCUCUGUGGCUGGGAACCAACCCCACCCACUCUUUGCAGUCUACGCAGCCACUAAGGCCUUUGUGCGAAACUUCUCCUUGGCGGUGGCCGCAGAGUACUUCUCCGAAGGGGUGACCGUGCAGACGGUGAGCCCCUGUUUGGUCUCCACAAAUAUAAACAAUCAUCCCAAAACCGGAUUGCUGGUGAAGAGUCCCAAGGACUGGGCUGAGCAGGCAGUAAACACCCUUGGCCUUUCUUCCCACAUCUCUGGGUGCCUCAGUCACCAUGUGCAGGAGGGCGCCCUGGAUGCCGCCGCCCUGCCCCCCACCUCCUUCCUCUCUUGA